GGGCUGCUCGCGGUCCGCAAGCCAAAAACGCUGGCGCGGCGCGCGUAAACUUAGUGAUUGCUAUUGCUCAGCAGCUGGUUUAUCUAGCACGCAUCGCUGCUCUCGAAAGCGCUGCGAAAUAACGCGCCGCACAGCUGCCUAAAACCUGGGCUACACACCACAGUGCACCAGAUGCGGCGCACAGCGCCAAUGCUGGCCGCGGCGUGCCUGCUCGCGGCCGCGGCCGCGUCGAGCACACCAUUAAUUGGAGGCGACGCCGACGCUAAUGGUUGCAUAGCGUCCGCCGGCUACACGUGGUGCGAGCCCCUAAACAAGUGCAUAAGGAGCUGGGAGAGCGCCUGCGUCGACCUCGAGGAGGAAGAGACCACCAAAGAUGAGAAGGAAGAAGACGAGGAAGAGGAGGAGGAAGAGCGCGUCCUCAAAUUACAUAUCAUCGUCCUCACCGUGAGUUGCCUAGUGGGCGUCUCGUUAGCCUUCGAAAUCACGCACGAGCACCUGCUGGAGCACACGUCGGAGACGAUGCGGCCCAUCAUCGUCGGGUUAUUUGGAGAACUUACCUUGUUAGGCUUUAUUGGACUUACGUUGUUCAUCCUGUUCAAGAUGUCCUGGCCCCACGAACUCUCAGAGUAUUUGUACGGCGACGGCGAGGUCAUUCCCGAGCUCGGUGAAUCAGUACAUAUGGUACUUUUCUUAGUUAUGGUCAUCUUCCUCGCGCAAGCGGUGUACUUAGCUAGACUCGGAGAUAGAGUACUUAACAAGUGGAAGGACUGGGAGGGGUUGAGUGUUGAUCGCGUGUCGGAGCGGACGAUCCGGAAGCAUAAAGUAUUACAAUCAGCAUCAUUGUUGUCGCUGGCCAACACGUCGGACGAACAAGUCGACAGUCUGAUCUUCUCACUUACACGUGACAGAUUUUGCGUGGUCCGCGAUCUGCACCCGGCGGACUUUGAAUUCGCGUCCUAUCUAGGAAUUGCAUUGGGGAGGACUCUGGAGGAGCUCGUAGAGGUACCUGUCAAGUCGUGGGUAUGUCUCGAGAUUGUACUACUCUUAGCGUGGCAGGUCGACGGCUUACUAGGUAAGAGGGACAAGAUGGUCGGCUGGAUUCUGGCGGGCUAUGCGUUGCCGUUGAUGGCCGGACUCGUAUUGGCGAAACUACGACGGAUCCUCGUGCAGCACACGGCUCCGCUCCUAGCCGACGCGGAACAACGGGGCCAACGCGGCUCGCUGAAGGCCAUGACCAAUAGAAGCAUAAGAAGACGCCACGCCCAGGAGGAGCGGUCCUUCAAAAAGAAGGGCGCGAAGAGUCCACCUAGAAGCCCGAAGCGGCCUCCUGAACCGAGGGAAAAGGUUCUGGUCCACGACACGUACCACCACGCCUUUUGGAGUGGCCCUCAUCAAAAAUCAAAAUUUACCUUGGAUGUGUUGAGGUUUGUGCCUCUUGGGGCCGCUAUCUACAUCGCGAUAUUGUUACUCGUACAUGCCCCGGCACUGUUAAAAGGCGAAGUCCUCGCUACUUACUCCAUCUACGUGAGAUUGAUAGUCCUCGUCGUCGCGUUGCUACCUCCAGUACUGUGUACGAUAUACGUGAGAGAAGCUGUUGAUGAUUUCGCGAUCGCGGGCCAUGUCGAAUCUCUGCAGAAUUUGCGGUUUGUGGAGCACGUCAUCCGACGGCAGCGGACCGUCGCGGCCUUUGAAGCUCUCAAAGUGGUCACAUUUCUGAGAAAGCCCGACAUCGUCCGAGCCGCGAUGCAGUUAUCUGAUCAAGCAGGCAAGGACGAGCGGGAGGAGCGGAGCUGGCGGUCGAUCUUCGACGUGUUUGACGAGAACCAGGACGGGAUCUUCGACCGGAGCGAGUUGAGGGUACUACUGACGAAGUUCAGUACAGCAACGGAGGGCAAAAUAACGGAGAUCAUCGAGCUCCUCGAUGAUGAUAAGUCCGGGGAGAUUUCCUUUGAUGAGUUCUACGCCUUCGGGCGUAAACUCGAGAGGUACGUCCGGGAGAACGUGGACCCCCACGAGUUACUCAAAGAAAUGUUCGAAAUUGUUCCGCGGCGGCGUCUGCUUCCCUUCGUGUCCGCCGCGCGCCGUCGACGCUAGACACACAGGUCGACGACGACCGGGGCGGCUUGAUCACGGUGCACGAGCUCCAUCAAACGAUAAGGGAGAUCGGCCAGGAGCUGUCCAUCGACGACGUGCGUUUCUCCCGCGUUUCUUGAGUCAUAGAGUCCGAUGACGAGCCUUCGUUCAGUUUACAACCUUACUGACGCACCUUAUGAGAGACCAACCGAAGCGCCAUCCAUUUCCGUAGGACCCCUUUUUUUCUGAUCUGCCGCGGGUUGUUGUGUUUUCGUGUCGUGAUAAUUGUAACGCAGGUCUACAACCUCAUCAAGGACAUCGACGACGACGGGAAUGGUGCUUUAGACCUGGAGGAGUUCCACCUGCUCCUGCACCGCGUCGGCGUCGAGUUCGUCGGCAAGCCGGCGCACUAAUUAGUUACUGGGCGGCUGCGUAAUUCGUUCUAUUUUGAUUCAUUAGACAUC